UUUACUGUGAUUUUAUUCCAAGGUUUAUUGCAUCUAGCGGUACAUGCUUUUCAAACUUUAGUUACUGAUAGAUGUCACUUCAUGCUUUCAACGGAGCUCAAUAAAUAAUGACGUCACAUGUAAACUGAGAAGAUGAAUAAAAUAGAAAUCGAAAUCGCAGAAAAUUCUUGGAUAUUUAUUUAGGAUUACGCGUGUUUUACGCAGAUUUUCUCCUUCAAACAUGGCACAGCAGGAGAAGAUGCAUAUGCUCACAGAUUAUGUGUAUAAGAAUAUACUUGAAGGAGUCAACCCAAAGUUACGACAGCUUUUGGUGACAGGACGGGCGUAUCAGAAAGCAUUACAUGGCGUGUCAAGUGCUGCUAAAGCCUAUAUUGACUCUAUGACGAGUCUAGCCAGUGUGUCAAAGCAGUCCAAGGGAGCUACCAGUGAUAUUGGAGCUGCCUUACUACAGAUUGCUGAGGUCCAAAGAGAGAUUAACACACAGUCGCUUGAUAUGAUCAAGUCAUUCCAUGCAGAAUUACUAAUUCCAUUAGAGAGCAAACAAGACAGUGAAUUGAAACAAAUAAAUUUGCAGUACAAGAAGUACUUACAAGGGAGAAAGAUAUUCUGCAGUCCAUAUGAAAAAGCUCAAUCAAAUUUGAAAAAAUACAGAAAGAAAAUUGCAAAGACCAAGAUGGGGUUUGAUCCCAAAGAAAUGCAGUUACUUAGAACUAGCAAUGAAUACCAGGCUAAGUUGGAAGAGUAUCAAAGGUCAAGUCUGAGACAGGCUCUAUUAGAGGACCAUUCAAGACACUGUUUCUUGCUGGACAAGUUGUGUGUCAUGGUGCGAAACUAUGCCUCUUACCAUAAUAAGGCUCAUGAAUUGUUAACCCAUAGACUGCCAGAGUGGGGAGAACUAUGUAAGCAGCCAAAUGUUCUCCCUGAAGGCACAGAAGCUCUGCUACGAGAAUAUGCAGGAAGUCAUCAUCACUCUAACUCAGAAUCUGUUUACGAUAUGCCAGCAUCUAAUCAACAACAGCAACAACAACAGGAUGUGUACCACACCCACAAUGCAACUUACCCCCACAAUGCACCACAUACAAUGGAGGAAGAUCCCUAUGGGCAUCACCAACAACAACGCAGCAGCCAGUCCAUGCCCCGGACCAUCACCGUGCCACCCCCACCCCCCUCUGGCCGCCCACAGGCUAGGGCACUCUACACACACGUGGGGACAGGGGAUAAUCAGUUGAGUUUCACCGAGGGGGAUAUUGUCACGCUAAUUGGUGAUAAGAAAGAUGGAUGGCAGUAUGGCGAGAAUACUCGGACAGGAAGGUAUGGCUGGUUCCCCAUAUCCUUUACUGA